AUGUCCUGGAAAUUCAUAGGACAGUUCAGUUUGACUAAAGUAUUUUCUUUAUCGGAGAAAGAUAUAUUGCCUGUUGCAACCUUUCACCUCUCGAGUUUUUUGAUAGCCGGAUAUGCAGCGAUUUAUGGAGUGCUCUCCCCGAUAGGACUUUCAGGAAUUCUUGGAGGACUUCAUCGUAAGAAAAGCCUUAUAAAAGGCUUCAUGUAUCAAUAUUGGUUCGCUUCUGGAUUAAUGAUUGGAAUCAACGUUGCUAAUGUAAUUCUGUCAGAUAAAUUUCGUGCAAACGCAAUUCGUAAAUGUCAAAGUGCACUUUUCGGUGUGGUGUCCGAUAGUCAAAAAGUAUUGAAUAUGUGUACCAGUAAAGUUCAAAAAUCCGAAGGGGUGGCUUUGAUUUUUACCUCAGUUCAGGGUGCAGUGCUGAUCUUAGUUGGAUUCCUUGUAUUGUUCUUUGGAAUUAAAGAGUUUAAAGACAUAAUAUUAGAGGAAGAAACCAAAAGUUUACUUGAAAAAGCAAAGUUCCAAGAAGAUUCACGAAAUUCGAUGUCAGAUAACGAAUCCAAUGCAUCCGGAAGUAACAAUGCUAAUUCAAACGCCGCUGAUGGAGGACGCUAUCCAGCUUCCGCGAGCGUUUCGAGAGCAUCUUCAAGAUCCGAUCAUGGGCGUUUUACACAAAACUCUGCCGGUACGAACGUUUCGAGAGAGCCUUCAUCACGAUCUGAUCGAGAACGGUUUGCACAAAAAGUCAACGCUGUUCCAGCUUCUUAUGCAGGACCGAAUCGUCCGCAGACACCAGGUGCCUCGUAUCCUUAUUCAACACCGGCCAAUAAUGUGAGUAAUAGUCGUAUCAACGUUUCUACCAAUCGAGGGGCACCACCAGGAAAAUAUCAGCCACCACCGGGGCAUUAUCAGUCAACAACGCCGAAAAACGCUUAUCCCGCAUCCAACAAGAAUAAUAAUUAUGUUUCUUCAUCCAAUAAAAAUAAUUAUGCUUCCACAUCCAGUAAAAAUAAUUAUCCGCCUUCAUCCAACAAAAGUAAUUACCCCCCUUCGUCUAGCAAAAGUAGCUAUCCCUCAUCCAGCAAAAAUAAUUAUCCACCAUCCAACAAAAAUAAUAGCAGUCCCAUAAUUGGAUCCAGCAGGACAGGCCCAAAUCCGCCCAAUGCGAAGCUCGUUAAUUAUUCAUCACAACCAUUGCCCUUGCCCGUGACUUCACCGGAACGAUCUUAUACGCCGGAACGAUCUUACACGCCGGAACGAUCUUACACACCAGAUCGGUAUGGUCCUCAGACAUCAAAUUCAAGUUCCUAUAGUGCACCAAUAGCGAACUAUGCUGGUAAAUCAUCGAUGAGGCAACCGAUGAUGCCACCCUCAAGUAAUCGAAAUUAUCCGUCGAGUACGCGACCACCAGCAAAUGUCAAUUAUUAUCCACCGCCUGUAUCAGCCAAUCGAUCCCAACAAAAAAUCAAAAAAGGUUACCAAGCAAGCGCUAACGAUUAUGAUUAUACCAAUGAUUAUAAUGAUUACAUAAUUCCGUCGGAUAAUUAUAUAACAUACGCUCAACCGAGGUAA